AUGGAUUAUCAGCGACAACUAUUAGAGGAGUUAAUGGCUCCUUACGAAUCGUCAGCAAAACAUAACUUUUGGGAUGACAGCGAGGCACCAGAACGUGGAAAGUAUGGAUAUGAAAUCAAAUUCUACGACUAUUUACAAUCGCUGUGUAAUGACUUGGACAAAAAAAUUCGAAAGGGGAAUGAUAGGUUAAACGUCCGUCCGGAUGAUACGCUUUUAAAUCCUAAUAAAGAUGAAAAGGAAGAAAGGAUGAUUAUAUUAGAUAUAAAAAUCAAAGAAUUAUUAACAAAGAUUGAGGAAGCAGGUGAGGAAGGACGCGUUCAAGAAGCACAAACUUUGACUAAAGAAGUAGAAACGCUUCAAAAAGAUUUGGAUUUCUUGAAAAACAGCGACGAUUCAAACCCAUUAUUUAAACAAGAAAGAAGAAUGUUAGUUUGUGAAGUAUGUGGAGCUUUUCUGGUGACAAACGAUACGUCUAAUCGUAUGGACGCUCAUCUACAAGGAAAGCAACAUACAGGAUACAAGCAGAUUCGUGAAACUCUUCAUGAAUGGAAGCAAUCACGAUCACAUUCAUCUCGCGAUUCAAGUCGUGACCACCGUCGAGAUUCAUAUGUUCGGCACGAGCCGUACCCUCGCAACCGUAGAGAAAAGUACAGAGAAUAUCGACGUGACGAGAGAGAUUAUCCAGAGAGAGAUUAUGAUGAUUAUAGUCGUAGGAGAAAUGGUAAAGAUUAUCGACGCGACCGAGACGAUCGAGGUCGUCGAUAUUACGAUGAUUGA